GGCUGCCCGACCUCGUCAACGAGAGCUCAGAACACGCAGUCACAUCAUUCUGUGAGCACAACAAAACUAUUCGUGUACCUCUUAACGAGAACCAACUCUACUAAACUUCAACCCACAAAAGACAUCCAAAAUGGUCCAACAAAUUACCUCUGUCGACGAAUUCCAAACCGCCAUUAACGGCUCUGGUCUUGUCGUUAUCGACUUCUUCGCUACUUGGUGUGGUCCCUGCAAGGCUAUUGCUCCCAAGGUCGACCAACUCUCCAAGACCUACACUGACGCCACCUUCUACAAGGUUGACGUUGAGGAGCUGAGCGAGGUCGCUGUCACCGCCAACGUUCAAGCUAUGCCCACCUUCGUUUUCUACAAGGCCGGCCAAAAGGUUGCCGACGUCGUCGGUGCCAACCCCGCCAAGUUGGAGGCUACCAUUAAGCAAAACUUGUAAGGUGAAACGCCUCCCUUGUGUAUUUUAAUGUACGAGAUAAUGAGAUGAUGGUGAUGUCGCUUGUGCGGCUUACUUUGUUCUGAACCCGA